CAUGGUAUUUAAAAUGAUUAACACAAGGAAUCCCAUAAAUUAUCAAAAUAAGAAAUGAUAGAAUGCCUAUAGAUAUCAAAAUCAGAAUUCCUUGAAUAAAUCAAUCUAGAAUGUUCUGGUUGUAUUUCAGCCCUUAAAGAUUUUAUUACCAUAAACAGAAAAGACAAAUAUAUUACCAUAAACUAAGAUAUAGCCUUAAAUGAUGAUGUGAUCAAUUCCUAAAACAUAUCCAAGACUCUUGAAAAACUAUAAAGUUAUGGAGAAUCAAUAAAAUCUAUAAUAUCUAGUAUUUUUAAAAAGCCAACUUCACAAAACAAUAAGAAGAGAUGUUAAUUACAUUCUUUGAAAUAAGUCCCAGAAAUAAAUAUCUAGGAACAUGUUCAUUACAUAUGUAAUGAAAUUGUGGAAGAUAAUGAAAAUUGUAUUAUCUAAGAUAAAGAAUUUGAUUAUCAUUUAUAAGUAAUCACAAAUUAAUUGGAUUUAGAAUUACUUGAAAACCAAAAAAUUCUGUCCAUCUUGUAAAGAAAAUAUUUAGGCGGCUUUAAAGCAUUUUAAAUUAUAAAUCCCUUAACCUGACUGUGCAUGCAGUAUUAUUUGUUUUAUUAAAUAUGAUUAUUAGAAAUGUGAAAUUCAAAUUCCAUAUGAUGUAUAUAUUAUAUUUUAUUAUUAGGCAAUCUUAUUAAAUGCAUUAUUAAAUAAGGCACAAAUUCAACCAUUUUACUAACAUGCUUCAACAAAAGAGGAUGCUUAAGAGGAAUUGCUUAUAUGUUUUGGACUUUUAAUUAAAGAGAAAUUAACAUUUCUAUAUAGAGAAAGAUAAAGUUUAUAAAUCAUUAAAUAUACUUUCUAUUAAUAAAUAGGAGAAAUAUUUAAAAGGAGAUUAGAAAAUUAUGAUAAGAUGAAGGGAGAAUACUAAAUUUAAUUAGAAGAGUUGGAAUAAUAUUUAAAGAAAGAAGAUGAAUAAAAAGAUAAAUAAAGAAAGAAAAGAUAAUUAAAGAAAAAAAAGAGAAAGGAAUAAUAAUUAAGUUCUGAUGGAUCUGUUCGUACAAAUUAUAUGUAAGAAUCUUCUAGAAGAUCAAUAUCACCUUCAAAUAGUGAGAAAAAUUUAUUAAAGUCUUUUGGAUGGUAGGGAAGUCCAUCAGUAUCCCCAUAAACAAGAAAGGAAUUAGAAUUCUUAUAAAAAGAACAUUUACAAGAGAUAAAUAAUAGAAGAAAAUAAUUAAGAGAAUAAACUAAAUAAUGUUGGUGUGAAUGGUGUCACCAUCAUAAAUAAAAAUGA